UGUAACGGCGCUCCAACCCGUUACCGAGACUCUGCGUCUGAGAGCGCCGUCGAGGGAGCACGUGUCCAGGCAGAGGAAGUGCGUGAAGUUUAUGCGUGUGCAGACGAACCGCACCGUGCAUGUUCAGGUGCGGCCAGUGGGGAACAGCGGUCCACCUGCGUGAGCAGAUGUAGCAGCUGCGCGCCGUGACCGGACAGAGUUCAGAGGAAACGGCGGCAAAGCGGAGGCGGGCUGGGAAACGGCGCGCAUAUGACAUCCCCCCUGGUCCUGAAUCCUCGCUGGCCAGCGGACGCGGUGAUGUUUGUGUAUGACAACAACCUGGACGACAUGAGCAAGAACAUGGACGGACUGGUUGGCGGCGGGAAUUUUGCGACGGCGGCGAGCCAAUGCCGCAACAUUAUGGCGCACUCGGCGGCCGCCGCAGCCUUGGGGGGCCACGCGUCCGGCCUGAUGCACUCCUCAGCCGGUUUCUCCACGGUGGACGUGUCCACCUCAGGCUCCGGAGAAACCGCUGCGACCUCGGGGAAGCAGUGCGCCGCUGGACAGUGCGCAGCCGCCGCCGCCAUGCCGCACCAAAGCUCUUCCGCCGCCACCGCGCUGCCCUACGGUUACUUUGGGAACGGCUACUAUCCCUGCAGGAUGGGUCGAGGCUCUCUUAAAUCGUGCACCCAGGCGGCCGGAGCCGCGCUCAGCUCGCAGUACAUGGACACGACGGUGAGUCCCGACGAGUACCCGAACCACCGGGCAGCAAAGGAGUUCGCGUUUUAUCACGGAUAUCCGAGCCCGUACCAGUCCAUGGCGAGCUACCUGGACGUGUCGGUGGUCCAAACGCUGGGAGCCGGGGAGCCGCGCCACGACAGCCUGUUACCCAUGGACGGCUACCAGCCGUGGGCUCUGAACGGCUGGGGGGGGCAGAUGUACUGCUCCAAGGAGCAGGCGCAGGCGGGCCACCUUUGGAAAUCCGCGCUGGCUGAUGUGGUGGCGCAUCAGCACGACGGCUCGCCCUUCCGCCGCGGCCGGAAGAAGCGAAUCCCGUACACCAAGAUCCAGCUGAAAGAGCUGGAGAAGGAGUACGCGGCCAACAAAUUCAUCACCAAGGACAAGCGCAGGAAGAUCUCCGCCGUGACCAACCUGUCGGAGCGACAGAUCACCAUCUGGUUCCAGAACAGGCGCGUCAAGGAGAAGAAGUUCGUGGCCAAAGUGAAGAGCAGCGCGCCGUAAACUGCGCUGUGGAUCCUUCAGGAGAAGGACUGUUUUCCGAGCCAGUUUUGACCACACUGGGACCGACCUUUGUCGCGCUCAGAGAAAAAUCAAAACCAGAAGAAAAUAACCAAAGCCCCUCUACCAGAAACUCAUCUGAGUCUGUAUAUAGAGCUCUCUCUGCCUGCAUUCCUGUCAUGUAUGUUCCGUGUGUCUUCGUGUUCGUGCGUCCGGGUCCAGUACAGCCCGGAACCCUCUUCUCUUCUCCUUGCUCGUCCGUGAACCAGUAACUGAACUAUAUAUAAGUCAUAAUAAAUUCUUUUAGAAAGAACCUAAUGGUGUCCAGACGGGUUUAUCUUAAAAAUCAGCCUGUUGGAUCCUCUCGUCAUCUUUUUAAAUUUCAGACAGGAAAACGAAUCAACCCGAACUUGAAAGACCUGAGCGAGGCAGGAUCCACCCCACAUGAUGAUCCGGAAAACCGGGCCGCAAUCCGGACCAAAACCCACCAACGGAUCCGCUUUUAAGAUCACUAAGCAUCAAUUAACACAUUUACUUAAAUUUUCCGGACUCAAACCAAAACUCUGCCUGUUUUUUCCACCGGUUUGCAGAACAUCAAAGCUUUUUUUCCCUCAGACUUAUGAUUACACACAAAGCAGGCUCCAUAAUUACAUUAAUUGAAAAAAAUGAUUUGCCUUUGUUAAAAAAAAUCAAUAUUUGUUUAACUUGUAAUACAUUUCACGUUUUUCAUUUUCAUUUUAUUAUCAAAUUUUAGGGUUAUUUUCCUCGACAAAUCGGUAGAAUAGCGACGCCGCAGAACAAAAUAAUUCAUUUAAUUACGUUCACUUCACUCCGCAAUUGUGUUUUUUUUUCCAGAUGAAAAAAAACUUAAAAAAAUGAAUGGCUUGUUGCAGCGCGAAAAACCUCAUAACCGUUUAAAAUGUUUCUGCGUAAAACAUCCCUGCUGCGCGCGAGAGAGACGGUCUCGAACCAGCGACUCCAACUGAACAUGGAAAAAAAGACAAAAAUCGGACUUUAAACAAAAAGAUUAAGCUCAUAAAUAUGUUUUAGGUUUGGUGACAAACGGAUGACGCAAAAGAUCAAUUAAAAAUGUUUGUCAUAGGCCUAAAAUAGAAAAAAGAAAAUCCAAAAGAUUAGAUAGAUAGAUAGAU